GGGCAUAAAACCCUCUUUUUCGUGUUAAAUAACAGAAACUAAACCCCCAAAAACCCACACUCACCCGAAUCUCUUUGUGGCGAUCUGUUACUUUUGCCUGAAAUCAUUAUAUUUGCUUAUUAUUAAGCCCAAAAAAGAUGGUUGAAACCUUAUUCGAAGAUAUAUUUAGGGUUGAUCAGCUUGACCCAGAUGGCAAGAAAUUUGACAAAGUUAAUCGCAUUGAAGCACGGAGCGAUCAAUUUGAUAUGUACAUGCAGCUGGAUGUGAACACAGAGGUCUAUCCUAUGCACGUCGGUGAGAAGUUUAUGAUGGUACUAGCUACUACCUUGAAUUUGGAUGGAACCCCUGACAGUGGAUUUUUUACUCCGGGCGGGCGAAAGUCGCUUGCUGACAAAUUUGAAUACGUGAUGCAUGGAAAGUUAUAUAGGAUCUCUGAGGAAGGCUCUGGAGCCAAUGUUAAAGCGGAUCUUUAUGUGUCCUUUGGUGGUUUAUUGAUGUUGUUGAGAGGUGACCCCUCAAUUGCAGCUAAGUUUGAGCUUGAUCAGAGGUUGUUCAUCCUCAUGAGGAAGGUGGACAAGGCUUAAUUCAACAUAUCUCAAUCUGGUUGUCAUAAAGUGGAAGAAAUUUGAUUUUAUAUAACUCUGAUGUAGAAUGUGUUAAGAAUAUGAAGUUUACGAUUAAUUGUUCAAGAGUUUAAGUGGAAGUCGACAACUUCUUAAUUGUUGUCUAGAAUAACUUGAUAGAUUUUAGAUCAUUUGGUAUAAAGUGGCCUUUUAGAGGAUUCUCCUGACAGCAAUUAAAUCUGUUAUGGAUAUGAACAAGCUCAAGUUUAAAGUACGCUACCUAUGUAUAAUCGUUUCAGCUUCAAGUCCGGGACAUUCUUGUGUUUUUCAGAAGGAAAAAAUUGAGGUUUUUAAAUUUC